AUCAUGGAGCUGACAUUCACCCAAGCUGCAAAAGGUGUUAACAAGGAGAUCGUGGUGAACAUCAACGACUCCUGCGAGCGAUGCCACGGUAAAGGACACGAACCUGGUACCAAAGCGCAGCGCUGCCACUACUGCAACGGCACUGGCAUGGAGACGAUAAACACCGGCCCUUUCGUGAUGCGAUCCACGUGCCGACGAUGCGGCGGUCGCGGCUCCAUCAUAACAACACCGUGUGUGGUAUGUCGAGGAACGGGGCAGACCAAACAGAAGAAGACAGUGAUGGUUCCUGUGCCAGCUGGCGUGGAGGAUGGGCAGACAGUUCGGAUGCCGGUGGGGAAGAAGGAAAUCUUCAUUACGUUCCGGGUUCAAAAAAGUUCUGUGUUCAGAAGAAACGGAGCAGAUAUCCAUUCGGACCUCCUUAUCUCUAUAGCACAGGCUGUUCUGGGAGGCACAGCCAGAUGUCAAGGCUUGUAUGAGACAAUCAAUAUCACAAUACCCCCUGGUAUUCAGCCAGACCAGAGAAUUCGGAUGAGUGGGAAAGGCAUUCCCAAGGUUAACAGCUACGGCUACGGAGACCACUACAUUCACAUCAAGAUUAAAGUUCCUCAGCGGCUGACGGAUCGCCAGAGAGCCUUAAUGAUGAGCUACGCCGAGGACGAGGCCGAUGUGGACGGCACGGUGAACGGGGUCACAAACACAGCAUCAGGGAAGCGUUCUACUGGAAACUAAGAGCCAGCCACAGCAGAUCGGCUUUGGAGUUGGGGAUGAAUCUUUCUGGCAGCAGGAGAGCUGGAGAGUGAAGGAUGUCAGGCAGCAGCACAGAGAGGAUCCCAGCUGGAGAGGCUACAAACCACCGAGGCACCAACAAUCAUGGGGAUACCAAACCCCCCCACUGUCCUAGGAAAUGGAGGAAAUGCCAGCUUUGUGGAAAUGCAGCUCUCUCGUGAGGUUAUUCCAUGGUCCCCACUGCUGCUGGAAGCUGAUUUGGUA